UCUGGUUACCGCGGUCUCGUUCAGGUCAUAUCUCUCAUUUUUGCAGGACCUUUCGUCUACGUCUACAAUUCCUUCAUUCAAUUUCCUUACUACAACAAUGCGUAUCGGUAAUGUCAUCAUGGCUAUCAUUGCCACAUUUUAUUCAGUUUCCGCUGCCCCAGUUCCGCAAUGCACCGUCGCUUGUCUCACGAGAGGCAUCACCACCCGAUCGGCUUCUGUGGUUGGAAACUUGAGGCACGAGGAAGAUAGAACGUCAAAGCUGGCGGAAAUAUCUAAUCAGCGGGUCGGAAUGAGAAUAUUGUUUGCUUGGUGA